AUGACUGAACUCAAGACCACUGUUUCCUCCACUGGUGAUGCUCGCGCUGAAUCAGUGCGAGCAGCAGAAAUGUCUCCCACUAGGGAUAUUCCUAUGUGGAAGUAUAUCUGGCAUCACAGUCUCACCCAGAUGAUACUUCUGAGCAUCCAGGCCUUUUGUGGCCCGGCCAUGUCAGAUGCUAUUGCAGGCUUGGGUGGUGGUGGUCUUGCCACUCCUCAGGUUUCCAACAUAUCGACUGCCCUUCGCUAUGCUGCUUUGGCUUUCACCUGUUUCAUGGGCGGUCCGAUUGUCAACAAAAUCGGCGUCAAAUGGGCUCUCGUCAUCGGUUCCAUGUCUUUCCCUAUUCAAGGUUCGGCAUAUUACUGUAACAGCAAGUUCGGUAAUCAAUGGUAUCUGAUCUUGAGCGGUGCAAUUGGCGGCAUCGGAACUGGUUGCUGGUAUGUCGCUGAAGCUGGUGCCAUUAUGACUCUUGCCCCUUCUGGAGCUCGUGGUAAAUACCUGGCUCUUUGGAUCGUGUCCCGUAACCUAGGACAGCUCGUGGGUGGUGCUAUCAAUCUGUCGAAAAACCAUGAGAAGGGUGUCAGUGGCGGAGUCACUCCGGACACAUACAUUGCUUUCCUGAUUAUUGAAUGCCUGGCUCUGCCUUUCGCAUUCAUGAUUACCCCAUUUCAACACGUUAUUCGAUCUGAUGGUACCAAGAUCGUCACCGCCGAAACACUUUCGACAAAGUUGGAGGUUAAGCGCAUUGCCAAGACCAUGACCUCGAGACUCAUCACUUUGUCGGCCAUUUGGGCUGUCUGGUCCUUCUUUUACAGUGGCUCUUGGUCAACCUAUCUCGGAAUCCAUUUUACUGUCCGCGCCCGAGCCUUGUCAUCCCUCGUCUCGCCUUUCUUCUGCAUUAUCGGUUGCUUCGGUCUUGGCUUCAUUCUUGACGCUAAGAAGCUUGCACAACGUCGCCGUGCACAAAUUGGUCUCUACACUGUCGUCAUCUUGAACGUCGGAGUCUACAUCUGGUCAAUCAUUAUGCAAGCCCGCUUCGAGCGUAAUGACCCUGGUGCCAUUGACUGGGAUGACGGUUUGUUUGCGACUUCUUUCUUGCCGUACUUCUUUGUGCAGACAACGGGACCACUUUCACAGUCGUAUAUGUACUGGCUUUUGUCUUCUUUUGCUACUGAUGCACAAGAAAAUGUUAGAAACGGUGCUGCGUUCCGAUGUCUUGAGGCCAUUGGUCAAGCCAUUGCGUAUGGCAUGAACACACAAACCAAGAGUGACCCCCUGGUCGGGUUCUGUGUAACAUUCGCUCUGCUCGGCGCUUCGCUGCUACCCAUGAUCAUGCUUGUGAAUAGUACACCCAACAGGAUCCCUGCUGAUGAGAUUGCUGAACAGCAGGCAAUGGGAGAUAAACUUGGCGAUAUUGAGGGUCAGACAGUCCAGGUGGAUGAUGGCCAGGUCAAGAAAUAA